AUCACUCUUUAAUUGAACACACAGCGCCGAACAUACAACUAUACAGCUAGACCUGAGCCAGACUUUGUUUUCAUUACUUCUCGACGUCCGCCGCUCUUUCGUCUCUCAUAUAACUAUAACACAAAAUACACUGAAUUGUCAUUGAUACAACCAGUGCUUCAACAAUUCUAACUGUCCAUGGACAGAACAUUGAUAGAAUCUGACAAAACGUUCUCAGCGUCAAGAUCCAACAGGCCUUCGUUAUUACGCCCAGCUGGAGCUCGUCCAGCGCCUUCAGGUCCACGUGCGCGACAACAGUCUACGCUAUCAACAUUGACCUUUGAAGAAAAUACAACGGAUGGCGGCAACACAAGCUAUAGAAAUUCUACGCUGUCGAAAUCCUCUUCUCGAUCACGAGAAUCUACGUUAUACAGCCCGGGACCGUCAUCCCCGAGCUUUCCGCCACCUAAUUCACCGAUAAGGCCCGGAUAUGACCAGCAGCCUCUUCCAGAUAUUGAGGAACGCUCGCCGGAUCCAAUCACGCCAGAAACGAAACCAUCUUCGGCUACUCCAAGUCGUACCCCUUCCGUUAUUCUCCACGAAUCCCCGAAUCCAUCGUCUAUAUCUUCUCCAGAGCCUUCCCGUGUUCCGUCACCAUCACUUUCGACUAGAUCAUCUUUCGUACCUUCUACAGCACCUUCCGUGCGUUCCUCUCUCGCACCUUCAUCGCCAGCCCCGAGUUCUAUUCGGGUAGUCUCAAUGCCGCCUGUGACAUUGAUUUCAGCGCCUCAACUCAAAUUUGAGUCUCCUCAGGUCGAAUGGAAAGGACUUCCUUUAGAUGGAGCUUUGUGGACACUGGACUCCAAAGAAUUACAGACAAUAGUCUCUAGAGCAAUUCGAUCGUCUGCGCAGGAGUCCUUCAUUCGACUACUCCCCUUAAAGCAACUCGACGAAGUGCUUCCAGCGGAACUGGAACGACUCAAUUUCCAGAAAGCUUCCAUGCAGUCCAGAUAUCGAUUUCACGUCCAACGCAGAACUAUGCUCUUGCAGGCGCUCGUAUCAUGGACCAAUAGUACGGAGAAAGACGGUGGAAUAGAUCUGGUUAGCAAGCUAGCUACGCAAAUCUCUGAUACGACGGCCGAAUGUGAUAAGCUCACGCAGGAGCUUGUAUCCGUCGUAGAUCAAAUCAACCAGGUCACCAAACUCAUUGAAAAUCACUGGGCCAGUGCGCUAGCUAUAGCACUGCGCAAGCUGAACGGUAGUUAUGGCAAGCGCACAGCCGAACUAAUCGAGGCCAAAACGAAACUUGGUCAGCUGCAGGCAGAGCUUAAUGAUGCUUGGUCAGAAGCAGAGAAGCUGGCUGAGGAAAUGGAUGGUCUCACUCGAGAGUUGGAUGAUAUCGAUGAUACUGGGGUAUACUCGGACGAGGGAGAAAUUUUCAUCCGAACGGCCGCAGUCGUUACCGUCCCGAAGCCUGCUUCACACGAUGCCGUAUCAGCUUCUGGAAAGCUAAUCGAUUUAAAGCCUUCAAACGUUGCCUCCACUUCUUCGCAAUUCCUGCGUCCUCCCUCUGCCGUUGAACCGAAGGAAGGAGAGGAAUCUAAAUCUAGUCCUGAAGAUAACGAUACUCGCAGCCUGCGCAGUAGGCGAAGCGCAAGAAGUGGGAAAAGCAGUAGCAGGGUGGGCAUGAUCACUGCUGCACGGACACGGAGUAUGCGAACGUCGUUAGGAAGUUUGCGCUUACCGGGUCGAUCAAGCAGAAGUAUACAUUCUCCCUCCGGUAUUCAAAGUGCCCCAGUGGACGGACCGCAUCCUCCUGUCCCAUCUAUACCCAAAGUGUUUACACCAGAUACCUCGCAUCCUCCUUCCUCGAACAGCUUAACCCCUACCAGCAAUGCUCCUCAUUCUUCUACUCCUUCACCUCUAGACCGCAAGCAAUCGAGGAACAUCUCAACAGAAUCACUGGUAGAUGAACCUGCACCAGAAUUACCGCCACCCCCUUCGAUUCCUAUACUAUCUCCAGCUCCUCAGCCGCGGCUCAGAAAGACGGAGAUUGAAGACAUCAGGAUCGAGCCCAAUCGCCGUCUCGGCGAACCUUCGGCUGAACCCCCACUUUCCGUCAUGGACGACAUCAUAGUCAUGCCUACAAGCUCUAACCAUGGAAUUGAGGAAGUUCCCCGUAUCUUACGCAAAUCCGUAGAUGAUGUGAACAUGUCCGCUAACUCGCAGAGGAAAAUGGGCAGAGAUCCAACAUCGUCAACGAUACCUUCGAUAUGGCUCCAUGCAGAUGCACCAAAAACCCCCGCGGAACGUGUGGAAGCCCUCAUGCGAUCUUCGAGUCAGAAGACUUCAUAUACCAAGUUGAAAGGUCUGACGAAGCGAUAUUCGUUACCUUUCCAAUUUCACGGACGGAACUCGUCCACCUCAGGCUCUCACAAAAGUGGUUCGAGCUGAUAUUAGUGUUGUUUCUUCGAUGGAGGGCAAUUUCUGUCUCCUUGUGCACUUGCACAUUUAUGCAAAACACGCGGGCGUGUCAAGCACUUCGUUCUUAUCUUUGUAUCAUCGCUAUCCCUCGUUUGCUCAUUGUUGCUGCAUUUAUUUUCCACCCAUAUCGUACAAUACUAUUACCACCGACUAUUU